AUGCCGAAGAUUCCUCGGGCAACUGUUCGGACGAGUUUUCUGGCCUGGGCUGCCAUCACUUUGGCGUUUGCAUGGACAGGCAGCCCUUUACCUUGGCGCAUUCUUCCAGGCCAUGUUCAUGGAGACUCCGAGCCUGCUCCGGUGGAGUUCUCUCGGAACAGGGAUAAUCCCUUCAUAGAUGCCGUGGCGGGCACCAUCUGUGCUGGCAUCGCUUUUACCCUUCUGUGGUUAAAUGAAGGCCAUGCGGUUAGGAUCGAGCAGCUGCUUGAUUUGGUGCGCCGCCGCGUCAUCGAGAUCGGGCCUACUGCUGUCCCCGGAAACCAGAGGCAGCUGGUAUAUCUGCAGGGGGACGCGACAUCAGCAGACCAGUUGGUGCUGUCAGAAUGGGCAAACAUCUCCGCUCCUGCCAACUCCGCCAAGCUCAGGGCGCAAGCCUUCAUGUACCAAUGGGAGCAGGAGAAGGACGACCAGAGUGUGAAGUACAAGAAAGUUUGGAAGAACCACCGGAUCAACUCGGACCGGUUUCAAUAUUCUGGACAUCACAACCCAGUUUUCCCAGUGGCUCCGACUUGCAUGAAGUUGGCCAAGGUGGCCGUGGGAGACUUUGUCCUGUCCAAGAAGAUGCUGGGAAAGCUCCAGAACUACAAGCCCUGCGAAAUCAGCAAUGCGGCCAUUCAAGCGAUCAACGCCAACCCGCGGAUGAGUCGCUACGGAGUUGGACAGCUCCAGGAUUUCUCCCCCUCCUGGUUUCAGUCGCAGAAGCCGGCAGUCUUCUUCCCCAUUGACGCCGCGAACUCCCUCGCGAACCCAGGGAUUGGCGACCUGAUUCUCAUCUUCGAGUACGUGCCCUGCGGGCCUGUGAGCCUCCUGGGGGUGCAGGUGCCCUUCGAAGCCGUGCAUGCGGGUCAGAUCUUGGUCCCCGGCAUCCGAUGCCACGUCUCCGGGAAGGCGGCCGAGAUCUGCGAGGUGACGCCUCCGCCCAGGCCGAUCAAGGUCCACUUCACCGAGCGAGCAAUGGGAGCAGACACCGAUUUCUUCGAAGUCAGCGAUGUGCAGUGCACCGAUGCCCCGGAUCCCUGGGAAGUGGGGCCCAACCAUUGGACCUUCGUUCCACUUUUCUCGCGCUUUCGGGCGGACGCCUUGGACUUCCGGGACGCGGCGUCUUUGGCGACGGUCGCUGCGAAGCCGCCGGGGGUGGACACGGUGCUGAUUUCCGGGCAGCUCUACGAGGGAGCCCUCAGCAUUCCUCUGCUGCAUGCUCUGCAGACGCUCUGCUCCCGGAAGCUCUGCACGGUCCUCAUGGUAUUCUGGAUCUCGAUUGAGUUCUCACAGACGCAGAUCGCGUUCUUGGAACGAAUGAGCCAAGUGGGCUUCAAGGUAGUGGACGACUUCGCUUGCCGCGAGCGCGGCUAUGCGAACCCGGGCUCAAUGUACGAAUGCUACAGGUUCGAGAAAGCGCCUCCUCUCUCAGGCUAUGGCUAG